AUGGAAAAUCAAAGCCAAUCACAAAAAACCACCAAAACUAGCCGCAGAAAAAUCCUCAUCCUAUCCGCCGCCGCAUCUCUACUGCUAGCUGCCGCCGUUUCCGUCGCCGCCAUCCUCUCCGGCAGCACCUCCGCCGCCGUCUCCGUCCACCACGAAGUGGUCCGGUCCACCUGCGCCGCCACCCUCUACCCCGACCUCUGCUUCUCCACCAUCCAGGCGGCGGCGCCCGCCGCCGGCGCCAUCCGCACCGCCAAGGACGUCCUCUUUGCCGCCCUCAACUACACCAUCUACACGGUGGAGCGGAAUUACUUCACCGUCCGGAGCACCGGCAGCCGGCGGCGAUCGUACCUGACGGCGCGUGAGGUCGGCGCACUCCACGACUGCCUGGAGGUCAUUGGCGACACCCUGGCAGAGCUCCGGGAGAGCGAGGCGGAGCUCCGGGACUUCGGGUACCGGAACUACUCCCUGCCGGAGCACCGUGACCACCUCAUCACCCUCCUCAGCGCCGCCCAGACCAACCAGGAGUCGUGCCUCGACGGCUUCUCCCACGACGGCGCUGACAAGAAAAUCCGGCGGUCGCUCGAGGCCGGGCAGCGGCACGUCUUCAAGCUUGUUUCCAACGUCAUGGCCAUCAUCGCUAACCUCUCCGACACCGAGGCGGCAGUGACCGGCGGACGUCCGGAGAGGAACCUCGCCGGCAUCGAUGGGGAGUGGCCGGAGUGGCUGUCGGCGGGGGACAGGCGGCUGCUGCAGGCGGGUACAGUGCCGGCGGACUUGACGGUGGCGGCAGACGGGAGCGGAAACUACCGGACGGUAGCGGCGGCGGUGGCUGCAGCGCCGUCGGGAAGCAGCCGGAGGUUCGUGAUAAGGAUAAGGGCUGGCGUGUACCGGGAGAAUGUGGAGAUUCCAAGGGGAAAGACGAAUUUGAUGUUCGUUGGAGAUGGGCGGACGACCACCAUUAUUACGGCCAGUCGGAGCGUGGUUGGCGGCAGCACCACCUUUAACUCCGCCACCGUUGCCGUGAUCGGGACCGGCUUCUUGGCUCGAGACAUCACGUUCCAGAACACGGCGGGGCCCUCCAACCACCAAGCGGUGGCCCUACGUGUGAAUGCGGACCUCGUGGCCUUCUAUCGGUGCGACAUGUUGGCAUACCAGGACACGUUGUACGUCCACUCUCUCCGCCAGUUCUACUCCGGUUGCAUCAUCGCCGGCACCGUUGACUUCAUCUUCGGCAACGCUGCCGCAGUUUUCCAAGACUGCGACAUCCACGCCCGCCGCCCAAACCCUGGCCAGAGCAACAUGGUCACUGCCCAGGGCCGGGACGACCCCAACCAGAACACCGGGAUCGUCAUCCACCGGUGUCGGAUCGGGGCCACCUCCGACCUCCGGCCUGUGCAGUCGAGCUUCCCGACCUAUCUCGGCCGGCCCUGGCAGGAGUACUCUAGGACCGUAGUCAUGCAAACGGAGAUCAGCAACGUGAUCCAGCCUGCUGGUUGGUACGAGUGGAACGGAAACUUCGCACUCGACACUUUGUUCUACGCGGAGUAUGCUAACACGGGGGCCGGGGCCGGGACCGCCAACAGGGUGACGUGGAGGGGGUUUAGGGUUCUGAGGAGCGCCUCGGAGGCCGAGCCGUUCACGGUCGGGAGGUUUAUUGCGGGCGGGAGCUGGCUGGCGGCGACGGGCUUUCCACACAGGCUCGGGCUUUGA